UCAUUCCCUUGCAGCUUAAAACAGCUGAGCAGGCAAGAAAAGGCAAACUCUUCAAGAACUCACUGAAGAACAUGGAGACAGACAAGAAGAACCCUGUUCUGAGAGAGGGGUUCCUGGUGAAGAGGGGCCACAUCGUUCACAACUGGAAGGCCCGCUGGUUUGUUCUGACCCCCGAUAAGUUGCUGUACUACAGAUAUGAAGGAGGGAAACGGGAUUCAUGUCAGAGAGGGAAAGUCCUGCUGAAGGACUGUGUGAUAACCUGUCCUUUCCUGGAGUAUGAAAACCGGCCGCUCGUGUUCAAACUCCAGACCAAACAUGGUGUUGAACACUUUUUGGAGGCCUGUUCCAGAGAGGAGAGGGACGAGUGGGCCGCUGAUAUCACAGCCGCCAUAGACAAGCUACAGGCGACGGAUGGUGGGAAGCUAAUGAAGCAGAAAGAUCUGCCUGAAUCUCGCUUACACAACAUCAAUCUGAGUGAAGUGUUGGACUCCAUGUAUGACGUCCACAGUGGAAUCAAGUUGAGCAAUCAUGUGGAGCAGGGAAGCACCUACAGCAACUGCUUCUCAGGUUCAGCAGUGGUAGACUGGCUGGUGUUCAUGCAGCUCGUGCUGACCCGCGGGGAGGCUGUGACCCUGUCCUCAGCUUUGCUCGAAGAGGGCCUUCUGCGGACCGUAGGACUGAAGAGUGUAGAGGCCUUUCGCACCGCCGGCCUCAGUGAGCAGUUCAUGGACGACUCCACUGCUCUCUAUAGCUUUUCUGACAGCUUAAAGAAGAGAGGAAGCGUUAAGGCAGAGAAGUCGCUGUCUGCUGUGGAGCUUAGUGGUAAAGUCAUAAAAAGAGGAUAUCUGCUUAAACAGGGACACAGAAGGAAGAACUGGAAGGUGCGACUGUUUGUGCUGCGUUCAGAGCCUGCUUUCCUACAUUAUUAUGACCCCACCAAGGAUGACAUCAGCCCUGCUGGCGGCUUCUCCCUGCGAGGGUGUCUGAUAUCCUCUUUGGAUGAUAAUGGAGUUCCCUCAGGUGUAAAAGGCAACAUUCAGGGCAACUUGUUCAAAAUCAUCACUAAGUCAGACACUCAUUACUUCAUCCAGGCUCCGACUCACCAGCAGAAGAUGGACUGGAUAGACGCAAUCAGAGAGCAGUCGUAAAAUUGCUCUUCCCAGAGCAGUUUCAAUAUUCAACACAUCAGCAAGGAGGAACAUCUUCAAUGUUCUGUCAAUGCACUUUCACUAUUAGAUUAGCACACACUUUAGAGGUGGUCACCUUUCUAUUUGUUUGUGUUUAACAUGUCAUGAUCUCAUGAUUUUGUGUGAAUCUUUAAGCUUUUUUUUUUUUUCAAAUGUAGCUAUUUAUUCAUUUCUCUUUUGCCUUUUUUGUUAUUUU